CACGUGACGCUUUGUUGACAAGCCAGGCAGCAGAAACAAAGAUGGCGGCUCACUGGAGCGGCGAGAAUGUGGUGUUGGAGUUUCGCGAUGCGCAGGCGACCACCAUGUCCGUGGACUGUCUGGGCUCGCACGCCGUGCUGUCUGGACGGCGUUACCUGUACAUGGUCAACUUGGAGGCGCCGUGUGAGUUGGCGAGGAAGAUGGCUCGCCACAGUAAGUGGGAUGUGGGCACGGUCCAGUGGAACCCUCAUAAGUCCCACUCGCACGUCUUUGCCGCAUCGAGCAACCAGCGUGUGGACUUGUACUCGUGGAAGGACGGCAGCACCGCAGAUGUCCACACAUCCUUGCAAGGACACACAAGAGUCAUCAGUGAUCUGGACUGGUCGUGCUUUGAAGCAGAGUUCCUGGUCACCAGCUCUGUGGACACUUUCAUCUACAUCUGGGACACCAGAGACACUCGGAAGCCCGCCGUGGCUUUGUCUGCCGUUGCCGGCGCGUCUCAGGUGAAAUGGAACCGGAAGAACCAGAACCUGCUGGCGUCCAGUCACGACGGAGACGUUCGGAUCUGGGACAGACGGAAGCCGAACACGGCUGCAGAGUACGUGGCGGCCCACUUGUCCAAGAUCCACGGUCUGGACUGGCACCCGGACAACGAGUUCAUCCUGGCUACAAGCAGCCAGGACAACUCAGUGAGGUUUUGGGAUUACCGACAACCCAGGAAGUACCUGAACAUCCUUUCGUGUCAGGUGCCCGUGUGGAAGGCUCGCUAUACGCCCUUCUCCAACGGCUUGGUCACAGUGAUGGUCCCUCAGCUGAGACGUGAGAACAGUCUUCUUCUGUGGUCAACUCUGGACCUCAACAGUCCCGUCCACGCCUUCGUGGGACACGACGACGUCGUUCUCGAGUUCCAGUGGAGGCCGCAGAAAGAAGGUACGAAAGACUACCAGCUGGUCACGUGGUCCAGAGAUCAGACUCUGAGGAUCUGGCGGGUGGAUCCUCAACUCCAGAAGCUGUGCGUCAGCGACUUGGCGGACGACCUGAUGGAGGGAAUGUCUCUCAACAUGGACGCGGACAAGUUGCUGACGUCCAACGACCCUGACGGACAGCACGCCAGAACUCCUGCCGGACAACACCCGCACGAUCCAGACGGCGUGGCGGGCUCGGGCACUCGCCAGGACUCGGCCGCGUCCUCGGGUCUCCCUCAGACGCUCCAGCAGGAAUUCUCUCUGGUCAACCUGCAGAUCAGGAACGUCAACGUGGAGAUGGACGCGGUGAACUGCAGCUGCGUCGUGUCCGCUCAUUUUGGGAGCCAUCAGGUCAGACUGCUGAUGAAAUUCCCGGGACAGUACCCCAACAACUGCGCCCCCACCUUCCAGUUUGUCUCCCCGACGACCAUCUCCGCCGCUAUGAAGAGCAAGAUCCACAAAAUCCUCACAGACGUGUCUCUGCAGAAGGUUAAGAGGAACCAGAACUGCCUAGAACCUUGCGUCCGACAGCUCGUGUCCUGUCUCGAGUCGGACAUGACGCAGGACGACAGUCCAUCCUCGGGCCCCUUCGUCCUGUCCAAUCCCGUCGCUCCGGCGCUGCAGGCCUUUCCCCGAGUCAUCAACACGUACGGGUCCUACCAGGACGCCAACAUUCCUUUCCCCCGCACGUCUGGGGCUCGGUUCUGCGGCACUGGCUGUCUGGUUUACUUCACGCGGCCAAUCACCAUGCACCGCUCAGUCCCGCCCACGGAGCCCACUCCCAGGUCGCUGUCGGCUCUGUCGGCCUAUCACAGCGGAGUGUUGACCCCCAUGAAGAUCCGCUCGGAGUCUCAGAGCACGCUGCGUAUGUACAGCAGCAGUCCGACUCGCUCGGACAAAGACACCGUGUCCAUCUCGUCCUUCUACUACAAAGAGCGGAAAUCUCGCCGCUUUAAGACCAAGAGGGACGGGGCGGACUACGCCAGCCGAUCCAUCAAGUUAGCGGGAAAGGUGAUCAUCCAGGAAAUCUCCUGCCUGCUUCCGGUCCACAAAGUCCUCGGAGAGAACUACAUCCUGAACAUGCAUGACAUCCAGGACACGUGCCAGAAGAACGCCGCUGCCGCGCUGGCAGCCGGACGUCGAGACGUAGCCAAGGUGUGGGCUCUGGCGUCCGCAGCAACAAGUCGGGACCUGAGUCCGGACUCGGACCCGGACACGGACGCCCCCUGGGCGAGUCAUCCGUUUGGUCGCCAUCUGCUGGACACUCUCGUGGACCAUUACAGUCACAUGAGCGACGUUCAGACGCUGGCUAUGUUGUGCAGCGUCUUCACAGACUGCAACUCGCCGCAGUCGCGCUCCCCCGCGCUCCUGCCGCCCCACUCGCGCUACCUCAGCUUCGUGUCCGAGGCGACGUUCUCGUCCGCGCCGCGGGACUCGGAGCACGCCAACUCCUGGAGCGAGCCCUCUCCCGAAGACUGUCGCCAUGGCAACCAGGGUCACGCUGACCCGCGUGAACAAGAGAGCGAGCAGCACGACAUGAACAAGAGGCUUUUAGACCCGACCAACACGCUGCAGUUUGACGACUUCAAGAAGUGUUACGGGGAAAUCUUGUACCGCUGGGGUCUCCGGGACAAACGAGCCGACGUUCUCAAGUUUGCUUCCUGCCCCCCGGAGCCGCACCAAGGAGUCGAGUUUGGCGUGUUCUGCUGCCACUGUCGCAGCCAGGUGCGGGGGACGCAGUGCGCCGUGUGCAGGCGCCUUACCUUCCAAUGCGCCGUGUGCCACGUGGCCGUGCGUGGCUCCUCCCACUUCUGCCUAAGCUGCGGUCACGGCGGUCACACGGGUCACAUGAUGGACUGGUUCCGCCGCCAGGACGAGUGCCCGGCGGGAUGCGGCUGCCGCUGUCUGCAGCAGAGCGUCUUCUGAUGAGCCUCGCAUUGAUGAUGAAGAUCUUUGUGAAUUGUGUCGUUUAUUUACUGCCGUCAAACGAUAAAAAAUAGGUUUUAUUCACGUGA